CUUUUUGUCCAUUUGUGUUUUUUGUUUGUUUGUUUGUUUUUGUUAUCAUGGUUAUGCAACUAAUAUGGCUGCCGUUUCUUAAAUACUAAACCUGACUGAUGACAUUUAUUUUGGUAAAAAUUGUUGUGUAAAUGUGGCCGGAAGUUGAGCCAGCUAAUUAUACCAUGGCUGCUCACGGAACUUUACACUGUCUCUGACGAAACUCUGCUGGCUGCUGAUCUUGACACACCAGCCCACCAUAACAAAAUCUCUGGUCUUGCUUACCAGCCAAGCAAUCCUCGUAGCACCCUCCCACGUCAGUGUGAUGCCACAUUGUUCUGAGCGCGCAUCCUGUAAUGGAUUUAGAGGAGGCAUUCCAAGUUGUUGGGGAGUUCGGCAAAUAUCAGAAACGUACAGUGACAGUGCUAACGUUGUUACAGAUUUAUAUGGCAUGUCAGUCCAUGCUGAUAGUCUUGAUAGGAGCAGUGCCGAAGUUCAGUACGGAGAGACUGGAGGAUCUGGAUGGUGAAGAACUAAGCAGCCAAGUAACAUUCACUGAAGACAUCAGUUCUAUUGUUACAGAGUGGCACCUGAUUCAACAUCAAGCCUAUAAAGUCAGCCUAGCCGGUUCUCUGUUUUUUGCGGGGGUGCUGAUUGGCAAUGUGUUUUUUGGACCUCUUUCAGACAGGAUUGGAAGGAAACCUGUCUUUUUGUCAGCCUUGUUCUUUGAGGUGCUGUUUGGCUAUGUCAGUGCCCUGGCCCCCAGCUAUGAGGUGUUUGCCCUGUCACGUCUGCUGGUGGGCCUCAUGAAUGGAGGGAUGGCACUGGUUUGUUUUGUUCUGACCCAGGAGUAUGUGGGCAAGUCCUACUGGGCCAUGACAGGAACCUUGACCAACAUGACCUUUGCUGUGGGAAUUGCCUUGUUUGCCGUCUCUGGCUACUACAUCAGGCCAUGGCGUAGUCUGGCCACCGCUGCUAAUUCUCCUGGUGUUCUCCUCUUCCUGCUAUGCGUGACUCUUCCAGAGUCGCCUCGCUGGCUGUACUCCCGCGGGAGGACGCAGCAGGCGGAGGAGGUUCUACAGGACCUGGCCCAGAGGAACGGUAACGGAAGACCCAUACUGAAGCUCCGGCGCCCCCCUGGUCUGGACCGCCCCAAUGGCUCCAGCACCGGCCUGUCCCACCUCAUCACCCACCCAGUGCUGCGCUGGAGGACCUUGGUGCUCAUGUAUGUGUGGUACGCAUGCAGCCUGGUGUAUUAUGGGCUGACGUUGAAUGCAAGUGAGGAUUCAGGAAACCGCUACUUCAACGUGGCCAUGUAUGGUCUAGUGGAGCUGCCGGCAUACCCCAUGUGCAUAUAUUUUAUCAACAAACAGUGGGCUGGGAGGAAAAAAACAAUGGCAAGCUUUCUAGCCUGUGCGGGAUUGUCUUGUUUAUUAACAAUGUUCAUUCCAGCAAAAUCAGAAUCCUGGUUUAAUGCUACCACUUUAGCCUUGCUGGGCAAGCUGAUGGUCAGUGCAGCCUUCAACAUUGUGUAUGUGUACACAUCAGAGCUCUACCCCACUGUUAUCAGGAAUGCUGGGCUGGGAGUGUGCUCCAUGUCCUGCAGGGUCGGGGGGAUUCUGGCACCCUUCGUGCCUUCGCUGAGAGUGCUGCAUGUGUCCAUGCCCUUCAUGGUGUUCUGCCUGAGUGGCCUCUCCGCCAGCUGCCUGUGCCUCCUCCUGCCAGAGACACUCAACAAACCCAUGGCCGAGACGCUGGAGGAGCUGAGCAACCCCACUUACCAACGCAUCGUGGAGACAAAGGUGCGCCUACUGGAGGACGAGGAAGUGAAACCAAAGCACAAACUGAACGAAUGACCAAUCCGGAGACCAAAGCAAGAGGGGGAGAGGUGAAGCUCAGGUCGUGGGACUGACGUGCGCAGCGCUGACCUGAGCUCGCCCCUGGUGCUCCCCGUCUACCCCACACCCUACACCCCACACCCCAGACCCCACACCC